AUGGCGAACGUCGCCAAUACAGAUCGAUCGACGCCGGGCGCGGCGCAGAAUGCCGCCGUGGGCUUCGGCGCACAGGGCACGCCAGGAGGUGAGGGUGCGUUCCAAGCGGGACAGGGCCAGAUGCAGCAGCCCCAGCUCCUGCAAAACAUCCAGGCGAACGUCGCGGCGCUCCAGCGGCAAUGGUCGCUCGUAAACGCCCAGCCGGAUGGGCCGAACAAGACGGCGGCACAGCAGUACAUGACGAACCAGAUGCGCAGGCUGCGUGCGAUGCACGAGUCGGUGAUGAACGGGCAGCGGCCCGACGCACAGGGACAAGGACAAGGACAAGGACAGGGACAGAUGCAGGGCGCCAUGCCGGGGCAGAUGCAGGGACAGGUGCCAGGGCAGAUGCAGGGACAGCAGAUGCAACAAGGACAAUACAUGCAAGGACAGCAGCUGCAAGGACAGCAGAUGCAAGGACAGCAGAUGCCGGGACAGCAAAUGCCGGGACAGCAAAUGCCGGGACAGACAAUGCCAGGACAGCAGAUCCCAGGCCAAUCGAUCCAGGGCCAGCAAAUGCCGUCGCAGCAAAUGCCAGCCCACUCCGUGCCCGCCCAGUCUCCGAUGCAGAACCAGGCGAUGAACAUGCAGGGCCAGCCCAUGCCGGUGCAGCAGCAGCAGCAGCAGCAGCAGCAGCAGCAGCAGCUCUCCCAGAUGCUCCAGCAGCAGCAGUACCAGCAGUACCAGCUCCAACAGUACCAGCUCCAGCAGUACCAGCUCCAGCACGCACGGAGCGGCACGCCGACGCAGCCUGGCCAGGCGUCGACGCAGCCGAUGCCUUCGAUGCCGUACGCCGCUCGCCCCUUUUCCCAGGGCCAGACACAGGGCUCGCCUGCGCUCUCCCAGGCGCGCGCCGCGACACCGACGCAGCCUGGUGGCAUGCCCACGGCACAGACGAUGCCGGGCUACCCCGGCUCGUUUCCCCAGAAUACGCAGCGCGCGCCGAACCAAAUGUACCCCCCGCAAGUCCCCCCGGCGAACUAUGCACAGCAGCGCUUCUCGACGCCGCACGCCGAAGGCAGCGCGAAUCAGGACGCGGCACAGGCCUCGCCGCACUGGAGUGCCGCGCAGCCCCAGCGUGCGCCGUCGGCCGGCCCGGCGCCGUCGACGCCAGCGAGCCCGAUGGCAAGCGCCGUCGCGGCGGGCAUGGCGCAGGGCCGCGACUUUCCGUCGAUCGUGCAGGCGUUCCUGGUGCAGUGUGGCGCACAGCUCCCGCCGGACUGGGCCGCGCCGUUUGUCGGCCCGGCCGCGCAGGGCCAGCCGGGCGAGACGCGCACCGUGGACCUGCAGCGCCUCUUUGUCAAGGUCGUGGGCGCGGGCGGCGCCGAUCACGUUCAUACGGUGCCGAACGGGUGGGCGAUGAUUGCCUCGCAGCUCGACCUGGCUGUCGGCCCGCCGGGUGGCGAAACGAGCGCGAUGAAUGCGACGCCGACGCCGAGCGACGUGCCUCGCCGCCUCGCGGCGUACUAUGUGCAGCGCCUCGGCCUCUUUGAAAAGUCGUGGCUCGCCGCGCAGCGCCGCAACGAGGGCACAGAGAACCAGGAGCAGCGCACGCCCGUGCUCCAGCCCCAGAGCGUGCAAACCCGCGAAGGCAGCACAGGCGCCUCGACGCCGACCACGCGCCAGCCGAGCGCGCCGCCGUCGCGCCAGCCGAGUGUGCCGCCGCCCGCCGCGCCGGUCGCUGCGCCGAACCCUUUCCAGAACAUGGAGCCGGCGCAGGUCCAAGCGGCAGUCAACCAGCACAUGACGCAGCUGCAGGGCAUGGUCGCCGCGAACCACAUCACGCCGCAGCAGGCCAUGGUGCAGUACAAUGCACUGCAGCAGGCCCUGCAGACGUACAAUGCGGAAAAGGCCAGCGCGGGCGCCCAGACGGCGCCCGCCGCGGCCCCGCGCCCGUUUGCCGCCCAGACGCCGUGGCAGGCACCGCCGCCCGCCGAGGCGCCGGCGCAGGCCAAGCCGGAGGAGGCCAAGCCGAUACCCACUGCGCCGAAUAUGGAGCAGCUGCGGUCGAAUCCGGCGGCGCAGCAAGCGCUCCAGCUGAUCCAGCGCGGAGGACUCAAUCCCACGCAGUACUCGAUCGCCUUGGCGAUCGUCCGAUCGGCGCUGGGGCAGGGACAGGACGCACAAGGGCGGCCGCAGACGCCGGGCGCACCGGGCGUGCCGAAUGCGCCUCCUGCACAGAGCGCACAGGGCGCUGUGCCUGGUGCACAGGCCAUGCCGACGCCCCUCGCGCCAGGCGCGCCAGGUGUCGCGCCGGGCAUGCCGGGCAUGCCGGCCGGCCCUGCGCCGAUGAUGGCGGCCACGCCCAGUCCGACCACGGCGGGCAUCCCUGGCUCGAUGGCCGCGCCGGCGAUCCCGCCAGCGCCGGUCGCGGGCCCGCCUGUGCCCGGCGCGCCUGCGCGCACCCCGACGCCGGGCGCCUCGGUCGCGGCGGGCGGCACGCCCGCGCCGACCGGCACGCCGAGCACGCCGGGUGUGUCGACAGGCACGCCGGUGCCGCCGAGCCCAAUGACGGGCAUCGGUGCGCCUACAGUGCCCGUCGCGCCGACGCCGACGCCGACGACGCCGGCCGCGGCUGCGCCCACCCCCAGCCCCGCGCCGGCCAAGACGGAGCCGACGACGUACAAAAUCGAGUACCUGCCGUGGCACACGAACCUCGUGACGUAUGGCGGCCGCGACCUGGACCGCAUCGACCGCGAGCUUGUCCCCCGCCUCGCGGCCUACGCCCAGCCGCGGGGCGUGCACGAGCUCGGGACGGUGGACAUCUACGGCCUGACCAUGUCGCUCGAGUCGCGGCUGUCGUUUGAGACGGCGUAUGCGGUGAAUACCCUCCUGAUCCUGUCGGCCGGUGUGAAUGCCCCCCCGUCAUUCCAGGUGCCGCUUGCGUCGUGCGACCGGCUUUUGGAUGUGCUCCUGGAUGUGCUGGUCGAGAAUGCGCUGGGCCUUGCGCCCCGGGACGCCGAUGCGCACCUCGCUGCCGCCGCACAGGCCGAGGACGCGGCUGCGCUGCGGUCAUACGGCGUGCUGAGCGAGACGAUGCCGACGUACUGUGCGUCGAUCGACCUCGCGCUCCAAGACGCCGGCGAGCUGUGCAUCUUCCGGCGCGCUUCCACGCCCAAAGCCGAGGCCGAGGCCGACCGGCGCGUACCGCUCGCGCUCUCGAUCCUGGUGAUUUUGCGCAACGUGAGCAUGAUGCCGGACAAUGUCGCGUUCCUCGCGCAGCACCCCCGCUUCCUGCCUGUGCUCGCGGCGCUGGGCCGUGCGGCGCAGAACGAUGCGCGGUGGGGCGCGGGGCACGACACGAGUCUCGCGGCCUUUUCCCUCGCCGAGGUGCUCCAGAUCCGCAAGGACCUGCUUACGAUCCUGCUGGGCCUUGCCGGCGAGCACCUUGCGCUGGACGAGCACGCGCCGAUCACGAUGGCGACGUGGUUCGACCUGCUGCGCUUCUUUGUGCUGGAUGCGAACGAGUUCGAGGCGCGCUACGGCGCGCCGCCGCUGGCGCUCGAGCGCCUCACGACGAUCCCCGCGCCGCAGUUGAACGUGCAGGCGCUCAUGUACCAAGUCCCCCACCACGCGCGCUUUGCGCUCCAGGCGCUGAGCUGCUUUGCGCUGCCGGAUGCGAACCGCGAGGCGAUCGCCAAGUACGUCCCGGGCCCGGUCCUCGCGCAGCUCGCGCACACGCUUAUCGCGAUGAUGCCCGUCGAGCUCACCGACUUUCGGCGGCUGAGCAGUUCGUCGCGCCUCGAGUACACCGAGACGGCGGCGACGUGCCUCUUCCACCUCGUGUACCUUGUCCCCCCCACGGUCAAGGCCGUGGUGCGCGACACGCCCGGCGUCCCUGCGAUCCUCUUCCGUGCGGCCAAGCGCCUGCUGCAGAGCGCGCCGGACUAUACGCGGAACCCUUACGGGGUGCUGUGCCGCCGGCUCCUCGAUACGCUCAAGCUGCUGAGCGACGGCGAGGACCUGUUUGGCAACGCGCCGCUCCAGGGCAUGUACUGGCCCGCGCACGACGCCCAGGAGGCGCACGCGGGCGACGGCCAGCCCAAGAUGCGCACGGGCCUCCUCCUCGACCAGGACGAGGCGGUGCUCGACAUACUCAUCCGUACGCCGAGCGUCGAGGAGAGCGUCGCGGACGAGCUCCUUGCGUUGGUCUCGGCAAGCUAA